UGUAUUUGCUUUCUCGAUGGCAGCCAUGUCUCUAGUCGAGAACCUCUCAGCUUUACUCGCAGACAGGCAAAAAGAUCGGCUUACGAUACCAUUCGAGAUCUUGUCCCUGUAUCUGGCCACAGAGCUCUGUUCCAAAUUAUUUUCACGAUUCAUCAAUCGAUUCGAUACCCGGCCUGCACUACAUCAAAGACAGCUGUCUAUUAUUCCGCCCAUCAUUGGCUUCAAAUUGGUCAUCAUCGCUUUAUUCCUGUCGCGUCAACCUUCCAUAACAUCUUCAAGUCUUGAUGCUUCGUCAAUUGAUGAGCUUUUCAAUAUCAUCAACCACACAGCGAUCGGCUACCUCUUCGAAAUCCUGUACAGACCAUCGCCUCCACUCCUACAAGGACACCAUAUCCUCCUUCAGAGCUUAACAUACUACUUCAUCCUCUAUCUCAGGUUUCAGUCUUCAUAUAUGCUCAUUUCACAAUUUACAUCGAUUUUUAUCAUUUUUGGCAUGGGUCUGACAGAUUCUUUUGUGGAUCUAAUGGUCUUGGUGUACAGGCUUGCACCAGAGGGUAGCGAGUGGUCCUCAUUUCUGGUAAAGUUAUUUGGUCGAGGAUCUGAAGUCGCGCGUGCUGCGGAAUGGGUCAUGCUUUGCGGCUUCAUUGUCGUCAAAUUUCAGGAUCUUUCAGCAAAUUUGAGCGAUUUUGAGAUGAUCGGAUGGGCUUUGGCAUUGGCACUGUGGGUAUGGACUGAGGUUGAUGAUUUCAUCACAAUCAGGGCUAUGACCUCCAAGUUUGGGAUUCAUGUUAAGCAUGACUAGGAGUUUUUUGACGCAAUAUGUGGAACGGACAAACUAUCUGACAAGCCUACUUGCAUGCAGGCACGAAUUGGUCUUGAGUUGCAGCGCGAUAGAGAAUUUCAAGGGAUGAGCAAAGUUAAUGUGGACGAGAUUUCCCGGCAAUCGUCAUAGGACCACAGAACAUCGCGGUCAUGCAGUGCCACGAUGCAUCUUGAUAAGAACUUCGAAAUCGCAGAAGAGACGCCCUGCCGAAGGAGACGAUAGAAACUGUAGGAAUAAGGUUUGAUGGAUGAAGCGAUGCGAGGGACGCGAAUUCCUCUCUAUCUCGACGUAGCUACUUUUCCCACUUAAAUUGUCCC